CCACAGUCCACAUGCAAAUGAGCCCAAAGGGCGGAUCCCUCUGUCCACCUGGAGAGAAACACGCUGAAGUAACGGCGGUGUUACAGGAAGUCCGCCUUAUUUUCAAGGAAGACGGAUUUGGCGUCCAUGGCGAGAAAGGUUUUUGUUAAAUUAGCCUAACCCACGUGGAAGAGAGACGUCAUGGGGCUUUUGGGCGACAUGCUGAUGCUUUUUGGAGUGUUUUACUCGUCGGUGAGGAUAAUCUCAGUCUCAGGGGGUCCAUCACUUAUCAUCAAUGUUUAUAGUCAUUCCACCAUACAUAUAAAUAGGAAUACACCAUCGCAGUUAAAAUGUGACAUUUGCAGUCAGAAUGUAUGCCAGUCCUCUCUGACACUCAGUAGAAGCAUGAAUGUAAGCUUCAGCUGUCCACAACCAGAAGAGGUCUUCAGGGUGGAGAUUGUUAAAAACAUUGUAUGCACUAGUACAUGUAAUGGUACUAUCACUCCAGAGGCCUACUCUUCUCUUCAAAACUUUACUCGCACAUUUACCUGGAACGUAAAAGUCCAAACCCGCAAUGCUUUCUGCUUGAACUUUACCAGAGCUGGAUUAAAGCAGAUCCAACCUACAGAGCAAUGUCAAGACAAACACAUUUACUCAGUGUCUACAGCCACAGCAAGAAUUGGGACAUUUUGCCGCCAGGGAACCAUCAAAAGCAUGCAGGUGCUCCGGGAAGGCCGUGUGUCUUUGCAAGUGCCUGGAAAACAACAACUGAAUGCAACGAGCUUUGGUGUAUUACUCGGACCAGAAAUAACAUCACCUGCGAUUAUCAGCGUCACCCUGCCAGAGAAGCCAUCAUCCCAAGAAUUUUUUUCUCCAAACUAUCCAGAAAGCUUUCCUGAUGAUGACUUAGUCACAUGGACUUUCCAAGUUCCACACAAGUACUACUCAACAGUGAAUAUACUGAACUGCACCAAGCCUAGGUGCGAAAAGAAGGAUACACGAGUGGAAUACCAGCUACAUAGCACAACCUUGGUGAAACAACUGAGUGAGCCACAGCUAUCUGAGCACCAGGGCUCCUUCAAUCUUUCUCUGCAGAACUGUCAUGUAGACACACAAUCCUCCUUCCCCGGUCUCACCCUGCAUUUUAAAAUCUCUGCUCUCCAGAGAGGCCGUGAAGUGCGCUGUACUGUGGAUCUAAAGAAGGAAAAGAGGCUACUGAUACACAUGACGAAAAAGAAACCCAAAUCAGACUGCAUUUUAAAACUGAACUCACAGGCCCAGGAGACAGUCACAGUCCCUCCAUUACUGGUCUCCCAUAUAUCCUUUAUUGAUUGCCAAGAGGAAGACCUGCUGAUCACUAUAGGCAAAAAUAUUUCAUGUUAUCGCUCAAAAGAAUGCUCAUCCCCUGAACCUCUAGAGGUGCCUGCACUGGAGAAAUGUAUCAUGGGAAUCGUGCAAGAGGUCCGAUGGCACCUGUAUGGCCCACAAAAUGGGACAGUAGAGCUGCUGGCUUCAGAGGGAAACCUCCAGCAAUCUCUGCCUGGCCACACAUGCAACAACACUGUUCUUCUCACUGUGUCAGAAAAUGAGCCCAAAGGCAUCACUGUCGGGCAGUUUUGUCCCCAGGGAACUAUUAAAAAAAUACAAAUUAAUGUUCCAAACAUUACAGUGAGCGCUUCUCCCACAGGUGGCAAGAAUUUAAGGCAGAUCACCAGCUCCUUCUUACAUGUUUCAUUUACUAAACCUAUAAAAGAGAACUACAUUUUCACUGUAUUGCCAAAGAAGGAUAAACCAGUGCUUUUAGCAACUCCAGCAUGGCCGUUGGGAAUGAAGGCAUAUGGUACUGUCUCCUGGUUCGUCUCAUUUCCUGGACAGCUUGAGGCUCAUGUGAGCUUUCCCAAUGUUAGCCAGCUCACAUGUAAGAAUCGACCAGCAUACAUUAAAUUGCACAGGCAGCAGUCUCAACACAAGAUGUACAUCUGGCAAGAUCAAAAUCCUAAGGAUGUGAUGGUAUCAGAAAAUUUCUACCUCAACAUGUCAAACUGCUUACCAGUAAAAGGAGCCUUCAGUGUGGUCAGCCAGGUCACCUUGCACACAGGCAAAAGCAUGGUUUUAACCAUUGUCCUAAGUGUUGUGGGUGUUGUUUUGCUGCUGACAGCAAUCAUUUUAGCUGUGUUCUGUAUUAUGAGGAAAAAGAAGAGGAAACAGAGUGCUCCUAAGGUCUCAGUUUACAAUCCCAAUAACCAUCCCUUCCUGCCAGGCCUUCAUGGGAUUCCCCAGGAAACAGAGGAAGAUUUUCAUCUUUAUCAAAGUAUAGAUGACCACAUGGUAUAUGGACAUCUUCUUAAAGAUUGUGUAGAAAUGAAUGACUUUGGACAGCCAGCUGUCAGUGUGUACCGGGAGUUUACUGGACCAACAGAACAGCAGCCAUUAACAGAGGAUGCAGAAGUAGGGGUUUACAGGCCUUUCACUGGGUCUCAGAGUGCACCAGAUGUGCCUGAUAUACUUGUACGGUCAGGAAAAAAUCUGGUAUGUAAUGAAAAACAAAAAUCUAAUGAGGAAAUCAGUGGAGGGGACUCUGUUCAGGAUCCAGAAACUCUGGAAAACGUACAGAGAACCUGGAAAGCAGGGCCACAAGAGAAUGAAUAAGAAUUUACAAAGAGUUUAUACUUAAAACUUGCACUGGAAGCUAACAGAAAGCAAACCAUGUGAUUCUGUUGCUGGAUCUUCAAUAUGACUUUUAGUCUGUUUACCUAAGAAAUCUGUUUAACUAAGUUUUUACAUUUUGAAAUUGUUCCUAGAUAAUGCCAUAAGACAUUGUUAAUAUCACAAAAUAUUUAAUUUCUUUAAAAUACAUGAAAUGACUGAUGAAAAAUGUAAAUUGUGAGCAACCACACUUGUUUUUUUUUCUUAAAUCAUAACAUUUUAAAACGUAUUUUUGUGCACCAUAAAAGGAGCCAGUUUGACUGUGGUAGUGGGACUAUCACCAAGGUUUGUCA